AACAAACUUUAUAUUUUUAUAAAAUUCCAAUCCUUAAUGCGCAGGCAGAUCAAUUAUUCCUAGUAUUGUAUGUCUUGUAAAUACGUAUAUCUUACGACUAUUCCAUAUUUUUUUAUCUGGUACCACCGUGUAAAUGUCAACGCGUCCAUUUGAUUCGUAAAUCGGAACGUCAUUUUUAAUACAAUUUGUAGUUUUCGUUUGUGCAGAUAUCUCCUGUGGUUAUCUCUGUAAUUUCAGAAUUGUAGUCGCAUUAAGUGUCACCGAUUUAAGUAUUGUGAUUAUUUGGAACCAUUAAUCAUGUCGGACGGAUCGGAGACACCGUUUAGCAACGUCGAUAUCAACAACGAGAACAGAGAUGACGAAGACCUUUUUGCUUCAGCGGUCCAGGAAGUUAGUUUGGAUCCAGAGGUAAAUGGAGUAAGGGAAAGCUUAGAAAAGGCUUCCAUUGGAGAUGUAUCAAGUAUUGGGAGUCCUAUAAUGGAAGAGAUAGUCACAGAGCGUGCAAACAACAUAAUAGUAACUGUAACGGAGCCUCAAAAAAUUGGUGAAGGCAUGAGCUCAUACGUUGCAUAUAGGGUCCUCACAAAAACUAACAUGCCAAUAUUUAGCAAGCACGAAUUUGCCGUUCUCCGCCGUUUCAGCGACUUCCUUGGCUUACACGAGAAACUAACAGAAAAAUAUCUACGGUCAGGUAGAAUCAUACCUCCUGCACCAGAAAAAAGCAUUGUAGGCACAACAAAGCUAAAGAUGACGUCCACACCAUCGACUGAAAGUGCAAAUGGAACAACUGGAUCCAACUCGCUACAAUCACAGUUCGUAGAGCGGCGGCGAGCGGCUCUCGAGAGGUUCUUGAAUAGGGUUGCCCAACACCCCGUACUGUGUAUAGAUCCCGAUUUUAGGGAGUUUUUGGAGUCUGAAUCUGACUUACCCAAAGCAACAAGCACAUCGGCACUCAGUGGAGCUGGUAUGUUGAGACUGUUCAACAAAGUAGGCGAAACUGUUAAUAAAAUAACAUACAGAAUGGAUGAAUCCGACCCUUGGUUCGAAGAGCGCGUGGCCCGCGUGGAGUCGCUGGAGAGCGGGCUGCGGCGGCUGUGCGGCGCGUGCGAGGCGCUGGCCACGGAGCGGCGCGAGCUGGCGGCGCGCUCGCACGAGGGCGCGCGCUGCAUCGCCGCCGCCGCCGCCGCCGACCCGCACGCGCCGCUCUCGCGCGCGCUCUCGCACCUCUCCGACCUGCACGAGAAGAUAGAGCAUCUAAGGAUCGAACAGUCAAACACGGACUUCUACGUGCUUACGGAACACAUCAAGGACUACCUCGGUCUCAUUGGUGCUAUCAAAGAUGUUUUCCAUGAACGAGUUAAGGUGUUCCAAAACUGGCAACACGCACAGAUGCAACUCACGAAAAGGAGAGAGAACAAGGCUAAGGCUGAAAUUGCCAACCGGCCGGAGAAAAUAGAACAAGCUGCUAACGAAAUUAUUGAGUGGGAAUCGAAAGUGGAGCGCGGACAACAGGAGUUUGAUCAAAUUUCGCGCGUUAUCAAGAAAGAGUUGGAGCGAUGGGAGGAAAUCAGGAUUUCGGAGCUCAGGGCCACGAUACUGCGCUAUCUUGAAGAGCACAUGAAGCAUCAGGCUCAGUCGAUCCGCUACUGGGACGCGUUCCUGCCAGAAGCUCGCGCCAUCAAAUGAGUGCGGUGCGGCGCUCACUGCGCACGCGUGUCUUAACAUUUGCACUUUUUUAUUUUAUUUUUAUUUUUUUAUGUGACGAAUUCUCUCCUAGAGCCAUAUGUUGACGUGAUAUUGCUAUAUCCAUUUCGGUAAAAUUGUAAAAAAAAAAGUAUGAAAUUGUUGUUUUGUCUUUUAUUUUGUAUAUUUGAAAUCUUUCUUUGAAAAUUGAAAUAUAUUUCUAUCUAUGUGUUAUUGUAAAUAAUAGAACACCAUGUAAAUGGAUCCGCAUACUAUGGUACAGUAACAAGAAACAUGCAUUUUUAGAAUUUAAAACAUACUUAAACAAAAUAGUCAUAUCAUGUCGUCAUAAGUCCCCUGCGUAAAUGUAUCUAUAUUUUAUUAUUUUUCAAGUGUUUAUCUAGAAUAUGAUUCACCAUCAAGAUAAUAGUUUGUAUUUAUUUUUCAAAGAAAAAGAUAAUUACAUUUUACAUUUAACAUUUUUAAACGAUACUUCGUUUUUUGUUACGUCAGGAGAGAUUCGUCCUUUAUACAACGACAGACUGUAUUUAAAUAAAUCAUUUUAAUUGUACAGAAUAUAUAUUUUGUUCCAAAUAACUUUUUCGAUAUGUACAUUUUUCUUUAGAUAAUGAAGUCAUUGUAGAUCAUCAAUUAUAAGUCUACUAAAAUAAUAUAGUUGAUUAAAUCAUGUAGGCUAAAAACUCAUAUUCACUGUACAUUUAUACUUAAAA